AGAAACAGGAGAAGAAGAAGAGGAAGAAGAAGAAGAAGAAGAAGAAGAAACAUAAACCCGCGAUACUGCCAGGGUCUGUGGUAUAAUGUUAGUGCUAUUUCAGAAACUGAUGGGUUUAAUUGAUAUGAGCAAAUUAUUUUUGUAAAAAGUUUAAACAAAUAUAAGACGUAAUGCUUGUACAGAGAGAAGUGCGACGUAAUUAAAUGUUAUAUUCACGCUAGCUAGUUCGUUCUUUCUGAAGAACGUAUAAGAAAAUGGAGGAAACAGUGAUGGAAUCGGACUCGGAGGAAAUUUCGGAAUCCGCUCCACGACAAGGAGUUGCUGAUGCUUGGGAAACUGUCACUACGGCUUUGGUGUCUCCUGGAUGUCCACUGUCAGAGCAGAGCCUCUCAGACUCCCUGGACCUGCUGUGUAGCCAAGGUCUGGGGCCACUGCUGGGGACCUGGCUGCUGGAGACUCUGCAGAUGCAUCUGUCCUCCUAUGUGGUUCCCGAGUUCUGGUCUGGACUUAAACAGCCAGAGAACGAGCUGGAGGAGAGAGACAGGGUCUGGAUUCUCCUCACCACCUUUCAGACACUGUUGGGCCGACUGGAACCUUUCUUGGGCAUGUGGUCUGGAGAAGCUGGGGACAUGGCAGAACGAGGGUCGUGGUGGUCUUAGUGGCCCAGGGCCAAGGGGCCUGCGGGAGCGGGCCUUCACCAUCAUCAGGGCCCUCCUCCUCUUCUCUCCCUCCCCUGUUCUGCAGGAGCGAGUGCUGGAGUUUUACAGCAGGACCUUCUCUGUCUAUAUGAACCAGGAGGGGGAGACUGAGGAAGGUGCUGAGGUCCCUGAUGGUCCAGAGGGAGGGACCUGUCCAGGCUGUGGGGUCCCAACACAGCAGUGCUGGUGUCAGGAGGCCCUGGAACAACUACAGGAGCUCAGCCAUAUACUGUCCAAACUACAGAUGCUGGAGUGGGUCAGCUCUGAGGCCGUCACCUCCAUCCUCCACAAGCUCAUCGAGCAGCGGAUGGAGCAGCACUGUAGGGGCGAGUACGAACGCUCCUUCCUGCUGGAGUUCCAGGAGUGGCUGGAGCUGGUGUUGGGCUGGCUGAACAAAGUGUUUGCAAGUGAGGUGCACACAGAUAGUCUGGUACCUGCUCCCAGUGCUCCAAACAACCAAGGCGGUCAGUCUGCCAGCUCCAUCCUGAAGCAGUGGAGAUGCCACAUGCACCAGUUUUUCUGCAGGAUCUAUGUCAACAUGAGGAUUGAAGAGCUCUUCAGCAUCAUUAGAGAUUUCCCAGAAUCUAAAGCUGCCAUUGAAGAUCUCAAGUUUUGUUUGGAAAGAACCAAUCAGAGGCAGCAGCUGCUCACCUCAUUAAAAUCUGCUUUUGAAACCCGCCUGUUGCACCCGGGCGUUCACACAUCUGACAUCCUCACGGUCUACAUUUCGGCCAUCAAGGCCCUGAGAGAGUUGGACCCAUCCAUGGUAAUCCUGCAGGUUGCCUGCCAACCAAUCCGCAAGUACCUCAGGACUCGGGAUGACACGGUGAGGCAGAUUGUAGCUGGCCUGACUGGAGACGCUGAGGGCUGCACUGACUUAGCCUCCGAGCUGUCCAGAGGAGACCCGGUGACUCUGGAGAUGCAGGACAGUGACGAAGAAGGCAAUGACCCUGAGGACUGGACUCCAGACCCAACUGAUGCCGUCACAGAUAAAAUGGGCUCAAAACAUCGUUCAUCAGACAUCAUCAGCCUGCUGGUCAGUAUCUACGGCAGUAAGGACAUCUUCAUAGAUGAGUACAGAGCCGUUCUGGCUGACAGACUACUGCUCCAACACAACUACAACACUGCCAGGGAGAUCCGUAACGUGGAACUGCUGAAGCUCAGGUUCGGGGAGUCUCACAUGCAUUACUGUGAGGUCAUGCUGAAGGACAUGGCAGACUCUCGGAGGAUCAACAGUAACAUCCGUGAGGAGGAAUCGAGGCUAAGCGAGGAGGAGCAGCCCUCGCUGUCCCUAUCAGCCAUCAUCCUAUCAUCCGAGUUCUGGCCUACGCUUAAGGAGGAGAAGCUGGAGCUCCCUCCACUCAUCUGCCAGGCCAUGGAGGCUUACACGCACCGCUAUGAGAAACUCAAGGCAAUGAGGACGCUGAGCUGGAAGCCCCACCUGGGUUCAGUUACUCUGGAAGUGGAGCUGGAGGAUCGUGUCCUCACCAACCUCAGCGUCUCCCCCAUCCAGGCUGCCAUCAUCCUGCAUUUCCAGGAAAAAAGUUCGUGGAUGCUGGAAGAGCUGAGCAUGAAACUGGGCGCCCCAAAAGAGCUGGUGCACAGAAAGCUAGCUUUCUGGCAGCAGCACGGUGUGCUGAGGGAGGAGGCGGGUGGGCGCUACUAUGUGGUGGAGACGGGUUCAACCAAAGAGAAGAUUGAGAGAGGGGUGAUGCUGAUAGACAGUGAUGAGGAGAGGGACUCCAAUACCACCACCCAGUCUGAGCAGAGGGAGGAGAAGCUUCAGCUGUUCUGGGCCUACAUCCAGGCUAUGCUGACCAACCUAGACAGCAUGACGCUGGAACGCAUCCACUCAAUGCUCCGGAUGUUUGUCUCUACGGGACCUGUCGUCAUGGAGAUGGAUGUCAACGAGCUGGAGGUUUUCCUGCAGAGGAAGGUCAGAGAGCACCAGCUGGUGAACUCUGCAGGCGUCUACAGACUCCCCAAAUCCAAUUGAUGGAGGAGAAGAAAUACAAGGAGGAUAAAAAGCUGACACGUGAUAGACCAUUUAAGAACGGUGGGAAAUAUGUGAAAAUAAUGCCCCCCCCUCCCUUUUUGGGUGGGGGAAAACUCCAGGACUUGCCUACUUCAGCUAUCAGUACAGUAAGGCCCUGUUUGUUCUGCAGACACACCCUGUGUUUCAGAUUAAUUCUGUUACCCACGUCAACUAAAACUAUAAUCCAACAGGAUUCAGCUGGAUUCUCCUGAUAGGAAUGCAGCUUCUUUUUAUGAAGGCUAUUCCUAGCCAGGAGGUUGCUCUUAUUAACUGUUCAGAUUACAUGUUUUUGAGGAUCCAAUCACUGCAGAAAGAUGCGCCAAUGUUGGGGAAACUAGACUGCAAAAACCUGCCCCUGGGAGAGAAGCAUUUCAAAGUGCAGAAACACUUUGCAGUACAACACCAAACUCUACAGCUGGAAACUUGUCACAUGCUUAUGUAGGUUAGUGAAGAGGAAAUUGAUAAGUUGUACUGUUUAGCUUUUAUUUAAAUAAAUUGUAUACAGUGUUCAACACCAACAACCUGAUUUCCAACUUUGAGCACUGAUGCUAAAGAGUUGAAAUGCUUUUAUUUUGAAAAACCAAACAGCCUGUAAAUAAGGCAAUAAUGACAUCUACUGAGCCAUUCGUUCACCACCUUUCAUUCUGGUCUAUAUGGUGAUGUUGCUGCUGUCGAUGGUCGUGUCUGGGAUAGAGGUGAGCUGAGGUGUGACUGGACAGUAAGGACCAGCCAACAGGAUAUGGACACAAACUUCACUUCAGCAAGAUCCACCGUCUCACUUUCUGGAAGUGAUUUCAUUAUUUAGACACAAAACAACACAUUUGAAACAGCAAGGCACACGUUGAUAAACUGAGUUGGCAAGACCAAUCUCCAACUGUGUACAGCUGCUCUGGUUUAAGUACAGCAGAAGCAUUCAUG